AUGCUGCACUCGAGCCGCAAUGCGGGCCGUUGCAGCAUGACGGCAGAGCAAUGCGCUUACAAGACGCGAUACUGGGUGUUUUGGUACGAGGCCGACCACCGCUAUGGCUUGCCGACGACAGCCCUCUUCCUCGCCACCAUCAUCGUCUUUGCCAUUGCCCAUUUCGUCUCUCUUUAUGCGCCGCGAGGGCUGAAGAACCGGACUGCGUGGCUCCGUGUCGUGUCCCUGAACCGGUUACUGGCCUAUAAGAGUUGGCGCAUUGGGCGUUGGAACUCGCAAUCGAUGGGCGUCUACCUGCUCGGUGCAGUCGGUCUCAUCUUCUUCAUGGCCAUGACGCUUGGCCCGCGGCCGUACUAUUGGCCAAACACGAGAGAGAUCAGUUUUGGGGACUCGCCUCCCAUCGCCACGCGUGCCGGAUACAUGGCCCUUGCAUGCUUGCCCUUCCUUCUCAUACUUGGGACCAAGGCGAAUCCCGUCACUGCCCUAACAGGCAUUUCCCACGAGAAGCUCAAUGUCUGGCACAACUGGAUUGCUUGGGCCAUGUUUGCUUUGGCCAUGAUACAUACAUUUCCCUUCAUUGUCUAUCACAACUGGAAGGGAGAUAUCAGGGCGCAAUGGGACACUGGCGGUGUCUGGGUUACUGGUGUAAUCGCCAUUAUUGCGCAAGCGUGGUUGACAAUCAUGUCCAUUCGCUGGAUACGAAACCGCUAUUAUGAAUUCUUCAAAGCCACCCAUUUCUUCUUCGCCGCCGUCUUCGUUGUCUUCUUCUUUCUCCACUGCGAUUUCCGCAUGACCUCGUGGGACUAUUUCAUCGCUGCUGGCGUGCUCUACUCCGUCUCUUGGUUCUACUCCCAGCUCAAGACAUACCUUGAGCAUGGCUUUUACCACAGAGCCCGUCUCUUGCUCGUUACGAACCGCACUUUCAAGAUCGUCGUGCAGACAAGUGCGCAGUGGCGGCCUGGCCAGCACGUAUACCUGCGAUUUCUCACCGGCGACAUGCACCUGCUGGCGGCACACCCGUUCACCAUUUGCUCGACGCCGCGGGCGCGAGGGCCUAGUGAGAUGGUCUUCUAUAUCCAGCCUCGCGGUGGCCUUACUGGACGGCUUGCCAAAAUGGCGUCCAAGGAGCCCAACCCGACCAUUGCCGUGCUUCUUGACGGGCCGUACGGUAGCAUUACGAACCGAUGGUUCGACGGCUUCGACAAGACCCUGGUCGUCGGCGGCGGUGCAGGUGCCGGCUUCACCUUGUCGCUCAUUGAGUAUUUCCUGCAGUUUAGGGCCCAAUUGGAGAGCGGCCCGGAGCUGACGGUGGUCAUCGCAACACGGGACUUGGGCUUGCGUGACUGGUACCUCGAAGCUCUCGCAGAAACGGCCGCGCGACAUCCGCUGGGAGAAGCGAAGACGGCAGCCGUAUCUAUCCAAAUCUAUGAAACGGGCAGCAUGGGACCACUUGAACGGGGCGCUGAUCUCGAGUCGAACGGCAGCCAGAAGACGGAAGAGCCCUCGGUCGAGGGCAAAGAAAGCCAGCUGGACAGGUCGGGGGUUUUUGAUGUCCGGUUUUUCAAGGGGCGGCCAGACAUCAAGUCCCUUUCGGAGAAAUUGACAACGCAGGAGGGUGCUUCCGUGGGCUUGGUUGCCUGCGGGCCAUCGUCCAUGGUCUACGACCUGGGCCAUGCUGCUGCCGUUGCUCAGCAGGGCAUACUUGGAGGCGGCACGGGCGCCAGAGAAGUCUGGUUCCACAAAGAGAGUUUCUCGAUUUGA